CCUUGAGCGUAAUUUGUAAUUUCCGGAAUUCCUCAACAUCUCAACUCCCGGCUUCACAUAAUACUGUAUAACAGAUACGGCCAACCCGAUUUUCUACUAUACACUCUCGUAUGGUGGUAGUCUCUGCAUUUCGUACGGAGCGUGUUCGGUUUAAUUCUCGUCAUGCUAUGUCACCGUUGCCGUCGCCUCGUUGCGAUAGCUCCUAAACGAAGCUCUGCCACAUUGUCGCGUUACGCCCAGCCGAUACAUAUAUCCUCGAUACAAACUCAAAUACGAACAUUAGUUCAGCCAGCCAUAAGCGACCAUUUCAAAGUUCAACACGCCAUUAUGCGACACUAUUCCUCCUCUCCCGAUUCCGCAGCAGCAAGCUCAGCUAGCGCCCCGCCGACCGAGUCACAUCUCCCCGAAAAGCCAGAUUACCUCGACGAUGCCGAGUCGGCAAUAUGGGACAAGCUAACGGCUGAGUUCGCACCGACGGAGCUUAUGGUUCAAGACAUAUCAGGUGGUUGCGGGUCCAUGUACGGGAUUGAGAUUGCAUCGGAAAAGUUUCGAGGUGUGAAUAUGCUAAAGCAGCAGAGAAUGGUCAAUGCUGUGCUAGGCGAUCAGAUGAAAGGCUGGCAUGGCAUCCAGUUACGCACCAAAGUCCCUUAAAUCUGAUGUAUGAGCAGUUGGGUCACAAGAAUUAUAAUUCACCUAUCAUAGACUCUAUAUAUGGUGGAGGCAAGCCAUAGGGUCUCGGAUGCGUUUAAUAUCGGACAUACUCAUAAUUGGGCAUGAGAAGUGUAUAUUCAGGCAUUAAGAGGGGGAGUGUUGUACAUAUCUCGAUACUGAGAUGCGGUUGACUCGACCUACCGUAUUAAAUUCAAACUCUCCCAUCCUCGGUGAUAGGUAUUGUAAUUCUACAAAAACAAUAUCUACUAGAAUGAGUAGUUAAAUUGCACUGGUAUGAGCAUAACAAUAAGCCAGGGGUUCAUAUCAAUUUCUAGUAUUAUACUAGUUUGGCAUGUGUUUGGCCUGAGGUACCACCGGCUGCAGCCACAUCCACGCCUGAUCUUCCCU